AUGACCCUAAACUUUCUCAAGUUCAACAGUGAGAAGACGGAACUGCUGAUUCAAAAUUACUGCAAUGCUCUUCUAAUUGGACUACCAAAGCAAUUGAUAGCAAAGCUGCAGUGCGUUCAGAAUUGUGCAGCUAGACUUGUGACAAAGACAAAGAAAGACAGCCACAUCUAUCCAGUGUUAGAGAAACUUCAUUGGUUGAAGGUGGCAGACAGAAUCACUUAUAAAGUGCUCCUGUUAUCCUUCAAAGCAAGGUCAGGCCUGGCCUCUGUGUAUCUCCAGGAACUCUUCAAGGAAUGCAAGCCCGCGAGGUAUCUUAGAUCCAUGGGACAAGGCAUGCUGUGUGUUCCACACGCAAGGACCACCACCUAUGGAGAUCGAUCAUUCGCCAGAGCAGCUCCACGACACUGGAAUGAUCUGCCAUUAAAGCUGAGACUUAUAAAUAACUUGGCCACUAUUAAAACCAAUCUCAAGACCCACCUUUUCUCAAAGACAUACACCUAG